CGCUUUCUGGCGUGCGGGCCUUCGCGGGGCUGUGUGAAACAUAGUCCAGCUUACAAAGAUGUGGCUCUCCCAAGCCGUGCUGAUAUUUUUAGGGAUACUCCUUAGUGCAGAAUCCCGCCCCUUGUCACUGGAUCCGGCCACUCGGGUCGGCGACGUACCGUUGACAGCCUUAUUUCGUGUGCCACCAAUUGCCAACCGGGCAGUUUCCCUGCUGGAGACAUCGACGGAAACUUCCGCACCUUCCGCCUUACAAAGAUCGCCGGUCGGGGAUAUAUCUCCAACGCCAACAACCCAAAACUGGGCUCGACCAGCUCAGGCUCAGCUUGGCUUCUCAUCACCCCGCCGGCAACCACCAAAACCAGAAAACCCAACUCCCCGUGUUCCAAGCCGCAUUCAAGCCGCGAUCAGCUAUUUCAACACAUCCUCGGAUCGUACCCUGACCACGACGUUAGGACCAACAGGCCCGACACGCCCAACCUCACCAACUGGAACUGGAAUAGGUUCUUCCACCUCGCCCACAUCCCAGCCAAGCAUGGCUUCGCAGAAUGUGUUUCUCCCUGUUUCCAAAGACCAGAUACCCGCCAAUAUCCCAAAAAGGGAUGGUCAUCCUGUCCGCAAGGAUCACAUUACGGAUGCCCCCGGGCCGAUAUCCACCAACAAGUUCUACGCCAAUUUCUUUCUAGGCAAUCAGAGCGGCUACUCGUUCAUCCAGCCGUACUCAGUCGGAUGGUCCAAGGGUGCAAACCCUACGGGGAGCUUUGGCUUGGCCAUUUCCCAUAGUGAUGCGAGCCAAACGGUGUUCGGUGAACGAAGUGACGUUAUUCCUGGCAACCCAGUCAGGUUCUACGCCAAUCCUGUCGGGAUUCAGUCGAUCAUUUUGUCGGCUGAGGAACUUAAGAACUCUACUACUCUAAGCCUUUCAAACCCCCAAGCUUUCUCUGCAAAUGUCAUUCUAAGACCUCAGAAGGAUUCGGACGCGAGCGCAUCCUUUCCACUGGUCCAGGGCAUGGGAUUUGUAACGGGUCUAUACGACAACUUACAGCCCGUAAUCCAGUCACAGGUGUCGUUUAAGCAGGUAGAUGCGGCCGGCAGCCCCAAGGAUGGUAUCUUCAAGUACAAGGCCUCCCUCCAGGAUGGCGCAAACUGGCUCCUGUAUGUCACUCCGGAAAAUGGAGCGGAUCCCAAGUUGGUUCUUGUGUCCAACAACACUAUUCGAGGUUCCAAGGGUUUUAAUGGCUUCAUCCAAGUUGCUAAGGACCCUGGGAACGGUGACAGCAUUUACGAUGGAUCCGCUGGUGUUUACCCGACUGCUGCGAAUAUUGCGGGUUCAGUCACAGGGAAUCAGGGAACUUACCAGUUUUCUUGGACCAAGGCUGGAAAAAAUGCGGACAAUACGCCAUUGCUUAUGUUUGCGCUGCCUCACCAUGUUGAAGCAUUCGACGAUUCUUCAAAGAGACGCAAAACCGAUUUGAAACUGCAAACGACCACUAAGGGCCAAGCUACAGCCUGCGUGGGUGACUCGUGGACCAUGAUCGAACCAAAUCUGCCUGUUGAUAUAGGAUUCGAACCCUGGAAGCCAGGAAUGCCAGGAAAGCCUUCGCUGUCAGCAGGCGCAAAAGAGCAGAUAAAGGCCGUCGCUCUUUCCGAGUUGUCCCAAGACAUGGAGUCCCAGACAAAUCUGGACAGUAUGUACUUUAGUGGGAAAGCUUUGGGGAAAUUUGCUGGCGCAGUAUACACUGCACAGGAAUUGCUACAGGACGCCGGCCUCGCGUCACGAGCUCUAGAGUCUUUGAAAAAAUCAUUUGCGAGAUUUGUGGAAAACAAGCAGAAACAUCCACUUGUCUAUGACACUGUGUGGAAAGGUGCGGUUUCUUCUGGCACAUAUCAAACUGGGGAUAUAUACCUCGAUUUUGGAAACACUCUUUACAACGAUCACCAUUUCCACUACGGGUAUUUCAUUUUGACAGCUGCGAUAAUUGGACACCUCGAUCGGUCAUGGCUCGAUACCAAUAAAGUCUGGGUUAAUAUGUUGGUCCGCGAUGCAUCAAACUCCGUUUCUGACGAACUUUUCCCGUUUUCACGAGGCUUCGACUGGUUCAAUGGGCAUUCAUGGGCCAAGGGACUGUUUGCCUCGAUCGAUGGCAAGGACCAAGAAUCUACCUCUGAAGACACCAUGUUUGCGUACGCUCUGAAGAUGUGGGGUAAAACUAGUGGAGAUGCUAGCAUGGAGGCUCGAGGAAAUUUGAUGCUGGGAAUCCUCUACAGGUCACUCGACAGCUACUUUUUGAUGCGCAGAAGCAAUGUUAAUCAGCCAAAGGAAUUCAUUGAUAAUAAAGUCACUGGGAUUCUGUUUGAAAAUAAAUGCGACCAUGCCACAUACUUUGGAGCGAACUUGGAGUAUAUUCAAGGCAUACAUAUGCUUCCUCUCCUCCCCGCUUCGGCCUAUACUCGGCGGAGUGAGUUUGUGAGAGAAGAAUGGAAUGCAAUGUUUGCUCCCAAUGCAACCAAGCCUGCUGAUACCGUGGAAGGUGGGUGGAGGGGAGUUCUUUAUGCCAACCUGGCAAUUAUCGACGCAGAAGCCUCUUGGAAAUUUUUCACCCAGCCAAAUUUCAAUAUGGGUUGGAUUGAUGGCGGUGCUAGUCGAACGUGGUACCUCGCAUAUGCAGCUUGCCUCGGCGGAGGACCAAAGUAUUAAGUCGCACCACUUUUUUCUCCAGGUGCAAAUAAGAACAUAUAUUUAUCUUAUAAAUUUAGGGAGCAUCUAUUAAAACACCUGGGACAAUAUUUAACGUGGUCACUCAAUUACCACAUAUUUUAUAUUUCGGGCUUUUAUAUGGUGGCUUUUUCGUGACUUUUCCUUUCCUUCCCUUCUUAUGGCAAUAUGGUUUUCCUUCUAUUGAUUUAUGUAUGACGAGAUAACCUGAUUACUGUACGUCAUGUAUAUAUUGUAUAUAUUGCUACACGAUAUUCUACGUCGAUCUGA